AUGUUCUUCUAUUUCAGACUUGCGCCCAAAUCUUUCGCGUUGUUCUGCAGCCAUCGAGAUCCAAAUUUCAAGGGAGGACUAGGACAAGUCUCUACGCUUCACCAAUAUCAAGUUUGUGCAGAACAGCUUUUGUUCACAUGCCUCAACUUGACCGCCGAUAGUCCCUCGUAUGGCAACUCGAGAGAUUGGUUUAGUUGGAACUAUAUCAAAUUCUCCAACGGGUAUGCCUCAUCAAGUCCAUUGCACAACCUGAAAGGUGCGCAUACAAAAUUUGAUUUAUGUCGCACGUGCAGUUCGUGA